AUGGGUGAUGAAACGAUCAAUCCUCCCGUGGGAGUUAAAGCUGCACGCAGAGUUGCUGCACCAACUGCUUUGGUGGAUAUCAAUCACCCUUAUUACCUUGCUCCAUCAGAUAACCCUGGCAUGAAUUUGCUCAAUGUCACGUUUGACGAUCCAGAUUCACCCUUUCUUAAUCAUUGGAGAAGAUGUAAUGAUAUGGUGAUUGCGUGGCUAUUCAACACUCUUAACAGAGACAUCUUAGAGAGUGUGAUUUACUCUCAAACUGCGAAGCAUUUAUGGGAUGAGCUCGAAGAACGCUAUGGACAAGCAGAUGGUGCUAGGUUGUUUCACCUGCAAAGAGAUCUCAACAAUAUCAGUCAAGGAACUUUAGCUAUUGCAGAAUCACAAAGGGAGGUACAUGCUCAAAAUAUUUUAGGAACUGAAUCUUCUUCUUUUUAUAGUAUCGAGCAGAAUUCAGCUGGAUCUAGACAGGGAAGGGAAUACAAGUAUGCUGCUCAGAACAACAGGAAUACUGCAAGGAAAAUGGAGCAAGUUUGUAAAUAUUGCAAAAAAUCAGGUCAUAUUAAGGAAGAAUGCUACAAAUUAGUGGGUUAUCUUGCUCAUUAUAAGUUCAACAAAGCUAGGAAAGGAGUUUUUCCUAGCCAAUCAACCAACAAUGCUAUUGGAGAGCAGGAUACUACUACGGAAAUUGGAAUCAAAGCAGUUUCUAAUCUCAUCUCUGGACAAGGUUUUUCCAAGGCACAAUGUGACCAAUUGAUUCAAAUGUUCCAAAUAGUUCAAGAAGGAAUUGGGGCAUCAACUCCUGAUGUCACUGCUAGUGCAAAUCUGGUCGGUAUACAAGACGUUAAGUUCGUCGAGUCUAUUUUUCAUUUUUCCCUUUCUAAACCACUCUUACAACUUUUCCCUACUUCAAGUCCUCUUUCUUCUGAUGAUGAGCUAGUUAUUUCACCAUUACCUCAUCUGGAUAUUGUUCCCACUUUCCCUAGUUUACCUAGCUUUUCUUUUUCACCUUCUCAAUCCCAUUCUCCUACUAUUACUGAAGUGUCACCUGUGUUAUCUACUCUACUAGAGCCCCAGCUACGUAGAUCCAUAAGGGAGCAUCGCACUCCCACUUAUUUAUCAGACUAUAUAUAUGCUUCAGCUUUUUCUGUAAUUUCACCUAAUCCCCCUUGUUUUCCUUUGCAUAAUUAUGCAUUUUCUACUUUGACAACACACAACCAAUCUUUGCUUACCUUCAUUUGUCAAAUCAAUGAACCUAAUUCUUACCAACAAGCUAUAUUGCAUCCUGGUUGGAAGGAAGCAAUGACAAAGGAAUUUGAUGCUCUUAACUCCAAUCAUACUUGGGAUGUCGUUCAAUUGCUACCAGAUAAGAAAGCCUUGACCUGUAAAUGGGUUUACAAAGUUAAACUCAAGUCUGAUGGGUCUCUUGAGCGUCUCAAAGCUCGUUUGGUAAUUAGAGGUGAUACACAACGCGAAGGAAUCGACUUUACAGAGACUUUUUCUCCCGUUGUCAAAAUGACAACUGUGAGAUGUCUCUUCUCUAUUACAGUAAAAAAUGGUUGGAAUUUUUACCAGCUUGAUGUCAACGACGCGUUUCUUCACGGGGACCUCAAUGAAGAAGUCUAUAUACGGUUCUCUCCUGGUUUGAUAGCUCUUUCUCCUUCUCAUGUUUGUCACCUCCGUAAGUCCUUUUACGGACUGAAACAGGCAUCUCGUAAGUGGUAUUCUCAUUUAUCUUCUUCCUUGAGCACUCGAGGAUUCAUUUGCUCCUUAAAUGACUAUUCUUUGUUCUUCAAUUAUACUGGGGAUUUGGUUACUUUGCUUGCCGUCUAUGUUGACGACAUCUUGCUCACUGGUAACAACCUGCAGGAAAUUGGGGAAGUUAAGCUUUUUUUGAACUCUGAAUCUGUAUUAAAGACCUGGGAGAGGCUCACUAUUUUUUGGGAAUGGAAUUGA